AGUUGAUGUUAUAUCGCGCUUGAUACCUUACUGGGCUAAAAAAACUAGUUUUCUGGGUAAGUUUUGUUGAACUAACUAAUGCACACAUUUAAGAGUAAAGAGUAAUAUAGCAUAUCUUGAAAAAAUAAAUAAAAUAUCACAGCGAUUAUAAUUCACUAUUGGGUCGUAAGAGUUUAAGAUCCGUGUUUGAGACUUUGAGUUGGGCAUAAAAUGAGCGCUAGUGAAUUUAUAUAUAUAUAUAUAUAUAAUUCCCCAACAAAGGUCAAACAAGACGGGUCAUUAUAUUAUAUCGUUAUAUAUGAUUUAUAUAUAUAUAUAUAUAUAUAUAUUUAGUAACGCAAUUGCGUUUGGUGUGUAAUAUUUUCUUUUCGAAAAUGAAAUCGCCUCAAUUAAAGUAUUGUGUAACAAAUAUUCGGUUUAAAAGUGCUUGGGACAUGAGAAUAUUAAUAUAGUUCAUGGGCGUGAAAUAAAAAGUGUGCAGUGACGUAUCAUGGGGGAAGGGGUGUAGCAAAUAUUAGGAUUAUUAAAUUGCAUUAAUUGAGUUCAUGUUUUGUCAGGUAACUUUACUAGAUGGGAAGUUCACGCAUUGUCGCCAAUGUUUGGCGGGCUAUAUUUAGUUCAUUUUAUUUCCACAAAUAACACUGCAGACUAAUAAAUUGUCUGGCGCUCUCUGUGCGAAUUUUCAUGUUUGCAAACUACGAAACUAAGGUCCAAAAAAAUAAGGAUAUGUUCACCAAGAAUUAUUCACUGACCUACUUAAUAUACUGGACUUAACGGGUAAAUUUGUUUUCUAACUGAAUUAUUUUAUUUCGUGAGGUCCCUGCACAUUGACCUAUGCAUUCCAUCCACGACUGUCCCGAUGAAUAACUGAUCUGAUUAAAAGAUUUUUUAUAAAGUAUGCUACAAUUAUUUGUUUUCUUCCUAUGUUUUGUGUGCUUCCCCCCUGACCCCCCCCCCCCCCGCACACACACACAUUUAGUAAUUGUGAUUUACUGAAAGAAAUUAAAGAAGCUGUGGGCAAUGAUUGUGGCGAAUAACAGGACCGAGUAAGGCGGUAUUGAAUCACGAACUUUAACAAGUAAUGACAGUUACGAUUUUAAACAAAUAUUAAUAUCAUAAGGCAAAAUUACAAACAAAUUCUUGUUGUACUUGCUGUUUGCCGGAACAAAUAUGUUUUUUUUUAAAAUUAUUUUUUUUGAACUACGGACAAUUAAAAAUUAAAAUUAAAACAUCUGAGAUUAUUUUAAUUUUAACAAUUCCCAUCUGAGAUUAUGCUAUAGCAAAAGAAACUACGUCAGAUAAGGUUAAAGUUUGGAGAAACUAUCUGAGAUCAUUGUAGAGCUAAAUUAAACUAUCUGUGAUAGUGUUAUAGCUAAAAUGAAACAUAUGUGAUAGUUUUAGGGCUUAAAUAAAUUAUCUGGGGUGGUGUAGUUAGAUUUGGUGUCCUGGUAUUUUCAAAACAAACAAUCUGAGAUCAGAUGGCUAACAAAGAAAAGUAGCCAACUAAAGUCAUGGGAAAGGUCGAUGUGCGGGCCAUCACAUUAAGCAAACGAAACUUCUUGAGAUUUGAAACGUGUCCUUGGGUAAGACUAUAUGUUUCAUUUAUAUAACCGAUUUGCUUACACGUGAAGAUAAAAUUUAUUGGGGAUGCCUGGUCAUUACUAUUUGUUGCAAGGUCAAAUAAAUAGCUUUAUAGUUUUAGCGUAAAAGAGAAGUUCAGCGACAUUAUAAUUUUUGUUCAAUAUGUUCUUUAAUAGGAUACCAUCACAGUCCAAUGGAUCUCCUUCUGAUUGGUAAAACUGGCAACGGGAAAAGUGCGACUGGCAACUCAAUUUUAGGUCGGAAUGUUUUCAAAAGUGAAAGCUGUACCACAUCUGUAACAAAAGAAGUGAGUUAUGAACACGCUGAGUACAAAGGUCGAGUUAUUAAAGUAGUGGACGGCCCAGGUGUAGGGGAUACCAGUGGUAUUAAAGACCUUUCGAAAGCCACGAUACUCGUCAUGGACGCCAUGCAAGAUGCAAUACUCCUGAACCCAAAAGGUUACCACGCAUUCCUGCUAGUGGUCCGAUACGGUGGCAGAUUUACUGUUGAGGAUAAAGAGGUGAUUAGAAUAUUAAAAGGUAUUUUUGGACAGGCGUUUGUAAAAAACUUUUGUAUAUUGAUUGUAACGUGCGGGGAAAAUUUCGAUACAGAAGAAAGACAACAGAAGGGGAAAACGUUUAAAUCCUGGUGCAGAGAACAACUAGGAACUUUUCAAGAACUACUACAAGAAUGUGACAACAGGGCCAUCUUGUUCGAUAACAAAACUAAACAUGAAUUUGUCAGAAAAAAGCAGAUGAAUAAAUUAAUGAAAACAGUAGAUCGACUUAAGAGUAGUGGACAACGCUACAGUGAUGAAAACUUUCAGAAGGUCCACGCGGCAAGGGAAAGUCUACUUCUCGAGAUUGAAGAACCAAUUAUUCGAGAGGAAACAUCAAGCCAGCUGAGCAUUAUCCUACAAAAUAUUGAAAAAUUGUCAAACGAGAAUUCCUUUAGUAAGCUUCAAAGCCUUUAUGAGCUGUUCAAAAGCACUCAAGAUUUAUAUGAGCGAAUUUUUGAAACUGAUAAGGGAACUGGAAUUCUCAAUGCAAGUCUGUCGGCCGUGAAGGAUUUAGAAAAAACAUUGGUUCAUAAAAUCAGCGCAUCGACCAGGGAAAUGAUAGAAAUGGGGGAGGGACGAGAUAUCGAAGACGGUAACGGCGCACUUCAGCCUAACGAACAACUUAGUCCAGAAGUCGAAAUGCGUAAAAAAAUUCCAAUAGUAGGAGUUGAAUCAUAGCAGCAGCAGGUUCCUACUCAACAAACUAAGGAAGGGGAAGAGUUGGGCCCAGGAGGUGAAGAAAGGAGACUUAAUGUUAAAGUAAGUAACAGCGUCGAUGAGAAGUUGAAAGAACGGAAGGAAAUGUUUGAAAAAUUGGGACAAAUGCCAGCGUCUGCAAAUCAAAGAGUUCGACGAAGACAAUCAGAAAUGGUGAGAAUGGUGGAGAGGAAAAAAACAAAAGAGGCCCUGUUUUUAGAGUCACUCGGGAAGGAACAAACUGAGAAGGAAAGAGAACGGUUGAGCAUAAAAAUGGAGAGAGAAAGAGAAAUUCAGGAGGCAGCUUUGGCGGCUCUGACUUGCGGUGAAGAUGACGUACGCAAUGCCUCGUUAAUUGAUUUGAAUAAGAGAUUACAAAACACAUACGGAGUCACGCUAUCAGACUCCACGGAGGAAAGCGUCUCAGAUGAAGCUCGAAUACAAAACGCCUGGAAGGCAUAUGGGGAAAUGAAACAGAAAUAUGAUAAUCUGAUGAGAGAGCAAUUGUCUUCAAAAGUGCGUAAGGACAAAAAUUGUCCCAUUUUAUAGAAAAGGGAAAGAUGAUAUAUGGGGUUAUUCAUAGAUCAGGGCACGAUAUUUAGCCGACUUUUUAUUCUCCCCCCUCCCCCCCACUCGGCCAACUAAAUCUUCAUACUGAGUCACACAAAAGUUAUACACCCAUAACUUGCGGUGAAGAUGAUGUACGCAAUGCCUCGUUAAUUUGGGUUGGAGGU